CUGUGGUCAGCCAUAUUGGAAUUUGAUAAUUUGACUUUCCGUCGACUAAGUGGAUGUUAUGUUUUGUUACUACCUGCAAAAUUAAUAUAAAAAUUGCACCAUUCGCCAAAUCGUACGCGUGGCCGUUCCGCCGCCGCCCCCGGAAUCGCCCGCUCGCCCGGACUCGUUCGCAAAGCGGAGACAAGGAUCAGCUGUGACAGUCUGACGUGUAGAACCCAAACAAAUCGAGAAUAUUGCAAGUGCUAUGCUGGUGGGAAGAUGAACGGUACGUUUUACGAGCAGCUGGGGGGUGUGGCCGGGAUGUUCGAGCAGUGGGGCACGUGCGAGAGGACCGUGGUGGCGUGCGCGCUGGCGCGACGGGUCCCGUGGCCGGGGCUGCGCCUGGUGCAGUCCGCGGUGGAGGCGGCGCUGCAGCAUCACGUCGAAGACGAGCGGCUGGCGAGGGACGCCAACGACGAGGUGGUGUUGGCGGGCCUGCUGGCGCCGCGCGCGGACGAUGAUGACGAAGAAGACAGCGAGAGGCUCGGCCAGCUGCUGACGCUGCUGCCGCUGCUGCGCACGGACAACGAGCGCGGCAAGAACGUGUACGUGUCGGCGCUGCCGGCGCUCGUGCAGCGCUGCGUGGACGCGCCGCGCCGCGCCGCGCCCGAGCUGUGCCGCCAGCUGCUGUCCUACCUGCUGGUGCACCCCGCCUUCACUGCGCACGACCAGAGAACCCUGACACAAUGGCUACGCUAUUUAGAAAACCACCUCUCUGGGAACAGGAACUCAGAAUCCGUGUGGCAACAGAGGAUAGACCCGUGCCUUCUGCCCGAGACCAACAUAUGGGCAAACAACAACAUCUUCAGACGGACAAUCGGCAAGAACGUGGAGUUCAGAGGCAUACUAGACGCGAGCGACAACCAUUCGUCUUAUACGGACAUUCUACAGGAGUCCUUUUCCAAAAACGGAAGGGACGUAGACUUGAGUUUGGACGGUGACAUGUUGAACUUCGACGCGGCGAUAGCUCAACCCAAAUCCCAACGAUCCAACAGCUUGACUCCCCCGUCCAGCAACUUCCUGCAGAUGUCCUCCUCUGCGGAGAACCUGAGCGACGAGCCGUUCGUGCAGAAGCCCAGAAGCUUCUCGCUGUCCAGCGAGCACAGCCUGAGCCAGCUGCGGCCCAUCGGCAUCAUGUACGGCACCACGGGCAGCGAGACGCGGCUGGACGAGCUGCGCUCGCACAACUACGCGGAGCACCCCGGCAUGUCCACGGUGGCGCAGUGGCUGAAGAGUCUGCGCCUGCACAAGUACGUGUGGCUGUUCACCAACAUCUCCUACGACCAGAUGAUGGCGAUCGACGAGAAGUAUUUGGAAAAAUUAGGAGUGACGAAGGGCGCGCGCCACAAGAUCCUGCUGUCCAUCAAGAAGCUGGGCGAGCGCGGCGCCGUGCUGGACGGCGUGCGGGCCGAGCUGGCGGGCGGCGGGCCCGUGCUGCGCGCGCUGGAGCGCCUGCGCGGCGUGCUGCUGUCGCCCAUGCUGCCCGCCUCCGACCUGCCCGCGGCCGUCGUGGCGGCGCUGGACCUCGCGUCUAAGAGCCUGAGCGGCGCGCCGGGCGCGGCGUGCGCGGCGGACGGCGAGCCGGAGCCCGUGGACCCCAUGUCGCUGCACUGCUGGCUCAUCGAGAAGGCGCUGCACCACGAGGCGUUCGGAGCCCCCGACGUGCAGGCGUCGCUGCGGCGGCUGCGGCACCGGCUGCCGCCGAGACAGUUCUUCCACCUGGUGGGCGACGCGCCGCACAGACGGCUCAAGCACAGGUGGCGCGCGCCCGUGUGCGGCGUGCGCGCGGCACGGCGCACGUGGGCGCCCCCCCCGCGGGGCAAGUCGCACUCGUACCCGCCCUUCCCCCCGCGCACGCGCUGCCCCGCCCGCCGCCGCCGCCCUCCGCCGACGACUACUCCGGCUUGGACGCGCUGUGCCUUCAGAUGACGGAGCAGGCUAUCAACUAGCCCACGCUGUUCCUGCACACGAUCUUGCUUACGAAGCAAACUAGACCUACUUGACUUGACUUUAAAGCUCCAGUUUGUCUGAACAUGUUUUGGUUUCAUUUCGUGGGCGUCCCGAAGUAAACUGAACCUAAGUGACUUGACUUUAAAGCUCAAAUCAGUCUGAACAUGAUUUUUACUUGUUUCGUGGGCGUCCCGAAGUAAACUAGGACCUAAUUGACUUGACUUUAAAGCUCAAAUCAGUCUGAACAUAUAUUGGACUCUUUACUGUCUAAGUAAUCCCAACAGAUCCUUUGUGCAAUUACAAUGAAAAUAGGACUUUAUUAGAUGUGAAUAAGGCUAUAUUUCGUCUGUGGUACUGUUUUACAGCCCGCUACUUGGGAGCCUAAGAUAUCUGCAAAACUGACAGAAAGUUUGUGAUGUUUGACACAUAUGUUUGUCAUAUGUGUAUUAUAUGAAAUUGUACAAUAAAUCUAAUGUGUAUCCAUUGAUGAGAUAUUUUUUUUAAUGUAUGCGUUUGCAUGUUAAAAGAAUUUAGAUAAUUGUUUUUAUUUUAUUAAAUAAUAUUAUUAAUAUCUUUAGUUUCAUGCUUCUGUGGUCCAUUGUUAGCUUUUAAUACGAGUAUAGGUAAAUAAUUAUUUUGUGUUAAUUUUGGAUGACAAUUUGUAACCUUGCAUUGGAUACAGUUAGAUGCGACUGUCAAAAAAACACAUGUUUUGAAAUACAAUGUGUCAUUGUAAGAUGCAAAUAUAAUUUAUGACGUCACAAUUCCUGUGUCAAUUUUGGUGUCACUGAAUAUUUCGUGCGUAAUUAAAUUUAAGACUUCAAUAUGAAGGCAAUACACACUCAAAUGUGAGUGUUUAUGUUUUUUUUUUACUUAGUAUAGAGUAUGUUUGCAAUAUUAUUUAUUUUUUUAACGUUCUAACUAGUUUUGAUAAAAAUUGCGUCGAUCCGAUUGUUUAAAUGUAUUUCUGUGCAACUGGACUUUACAUGCUGCAUGGUUUUGACAAGCGACAAAAUUGUCGCCAAAUAAUUCGGCUAGUGGGCUUUUGGCCUUAAUAGUUGUUAAUAUUAAUUAAUUAAGACACAUCCGGUAGACUAAGAUAUGAUAAUGAAGAACAAUGACAUCGACUGUAUCCGCCUGUCAAUAUACCUAGUAAUACGGUACAUUGAAACUACCACUUCAGUGUACGACUGUGGAGAAUUAUACAAAUGAAUGUUUGUAUGUGAACAAAUAUUGUAAAUAUAUAGAAACACUUUAAAUUACAACCAUAUUGUAAGGGUGUUUACACACGAGCAGCGUUAGUCGCCGCGACCGUCUGUAGUACACGUAGUGUGGACACGCAAUGCAAAGCACAUUUUGCCUAUUGCUCAACACCAACACUAAUUAACCGUAUCUAGUAUGUAUUAGUCGCAAUUGUAAUAAUGUUUGAUAAUUGUAGUUGGAAGUGUCAAUUUUGAAAUAAUGUUAUUUUUAACAUUAUUUUUCAUCAUCAUUCCAGUACUAAUAUUGUUGUAAGAAUAUUCUCGAGUCAGACAGAAUUGUCGCGGCGUCGACAGUCGCUCGUGUGUCCGUCGCCUAUUGUAUAGUGUCCUAAUUAGUUUGGUGCUAAUCUGCAUUGUUUAAUUUUUCAGUUAGUCAUUAGUGAUAAUGUAACUAGGGCUAAUAAAAACUAUUUUUAAUUUAAUGUUAGUGACAUGGGUAACAUAGCAGAGCUUAUAAUAGGGUAACAGGCACGAUUCGGCCUAAGGCGGGUGUUCGGAUGUAGGUUAUGUGUUGUUGUCUGUGGCGUGAAUGUUGACAUUUUAUAAUCUGUUACGGAGUGCAGCGGCUAGGGUUGUCAACAUUUUUUCAGAAAAAUAUAGUAUUUUUCAGAUUUAAGUAUAAAAAUAAUAGUAGUACGCUUAAAUAAAAUAUAUUAUUUUUUGGAAUAAGUAAUAAAUCAACAUUUAUUUUUAAAAACAAUAUUUAUUUACUUUUGUUGCAUUUUCAAGAUUUAUUUGUUUGAGAUAAAAGUGUCAUAUGCUUUUUCACAUCUGAUUUUUGAAUUUCUGAAAUUCACUAUUUUUUUAAAUUUGUUUGUUUAAUAAUUGGACCUCAGUAAGAUAGACAAGUUCAAAUAGGCCAACACUAUUGCAUCUGUCGAAAACUAAUGUUCUUAUACAUUUAAAAUGAAAAUUUUGUUUGUUAGAUAUCAGUGUUGAAAAUGUAGUAUUUUUGUGUACUAUAUAUUUCUUCAACAGUAUACAUAUAGUACGCAGACCCGAAAUAUAGUACAAUACUAUAUAUUAUAGUACGGUUGGCAACCCUAGCAGCGGCACCGCGACCUAGGUAUAGAUACUGUUGAGUGACUGCAUAAUUUAUGAAGUUAGCGAAUGUUGGUUUAAUCAAUUUAAAUUUUGUUUUGACAACAUUAUUGUAGUUUUUCUUAUUAUUUUAAUUAAUUAUGAACGUUAUUUUGACUGGAUCAAAAAUCUUUUGAUUGUAUUUUGUGCAAUUCUAUUUUAUUUUUAUAUAUACACAUCACCGGAGGGUUCAAUGUAAAUACCAAUGUAGAUGCAUUUUUAUAUUGCUCGGAUUAUACACCCCAACUAGACAGAUAUGUGAAAAAACUUCAAAAAAUUACAAAAGACUUGUUUAAAUUAUAACCUGCUGUAGGCAAUGAUGUUAAAUACUGUUAGAUGUGUCACUAGGUCAUGAAAAAUGAGGCGUUCAAAAGAGGAAAUUUCCACAUCUCAAUGUUAGUUGUCGUCAACAACGAACGUUAUUUAAACAAAUAAUGGCUACAAUGUCGAGUUGUGUGUUCAGGAAGUGUAAAAACUAUAUAUGCAUGAAUAAAUAAUGGAAUUAUAGACAAAAUUGUGCAUGUGUGCGCGCAGUUCUGUAGCCUAUUAUUCACAUCACCUUUUGCGGUGAUUUUGUAGGGACGUAACCGAUCUAUAGUAUAAAAUUAUCAUUGGCUACAGGUGUAUAAUCUAAGGCAUAUUGUUAUUUGUUUUAUAAAUUGAACAUUGUGAACGUUGCAUUAGUUGUGCAAAUAAUGGCCACUUGCACUCAAUAAAAAGUUUUAUUUCUUACAGUUUGUAUUUCUUGUAUUUAUUUUUCACUGUAGCUGUCACGUUUACCUUAUCUUCAUCUGUUUUCUGUUUCAACUGUGAUAUGAUGCUGUAGUUAAAGUCGAUAUAUUGGUAUUUGAAAUAAAUAUAUAGAUGGCA